AUGGCAACUCGAGAUUUCUCCGACGACUACAGUCUUGACGAGGGUCCUUUGCGCGUUUUAUUUCCUUCCACUUUGAGGCGUGUUAUAGUUUGGUCUAAUGUUGGAUCUACCUCACGAGAAGGAUUUGGGCUGAAGCAAUAUAGCUAUAAUGAACUAGCAGAAGCAACUGAUAAGUUUUCCAACAGCAAACUCCUGGGCGAGAGUGGUUUUGGUCUAGUCUAUGAGGCAACACUAGGUGGCAAAAUAGUUGCCAUUAAGAAACUUAAAAUUGGUCGGGAUGAACGGUCGCAGUCGAAAGAAGAAUCGGAGAAGGAGAUUAAGGUUGUUAGCCAAGUGAGUCACAAAAAUCUGGUUAAGCUGUUUGGAUACUGCAUUGAAGGAGACGAUAUAUUGCUUGUUUUAGAGUACGUUCCAAAAAAAUCUUUGAGACAUCAUUUACAUGGAGAGACAACUUUGGAGUGGGAAAAUAGAAUGAAAAUCGCCAAAGGCAUAGCUGAAGGGUUGCAAUAUUUACAUGAAAAAUGUACACCCAAAAUCAUUCAUCGUGAUGUUAAGGCCGAUAAUAUACUUAUUGACGAAAAGUAUGAGCCAAAGGUCGCAGAUUUUGGACUUGCCCUUCUCUUUCCGGAAAAUGGUAGCCUCACUCACAUCACUAGAUCAAACAAGGGAACUGAAGUUUAUGCAGAUCCAGAGCAUUAUCCUCAAAAGGUUUCUGAAAAGUCAGAUGUUUAUUCCUAUGGUGUGGUUCUUCUAGAGAUAAUAUCUGGGAAAAAAACUAAGUUUGAAGACACUAAUAUUGUUGCUUGGGCAAAACCUCAUAUUCAAUAUGCUUUGUGCAGUGGAGACUAUACAAAUCUUGUUGAUUCCAAAUUAUUGCAAAUGAACUACAAAGAAAAGGAAAUGAAAGCAAUGAUUUCUUGUGCUGCAGCUUGCAUAUAUAAACCUUCGAACUCUCGCCCAAAAAUGAAUCAGAUAGUUCGAGCACUUGAAGGAUAUAUGCGUAUAGAGGAAAUAUGGAACGAGAAGAAUGACAACGUAUUCCUGAAAGAUAAUCCUAAGUCUAAUGGAUCUCAUAUUGAGCCCAAUGGAUCUCAUAAAUCGAAACCUCUUAUCAGUUCAGAAGCUAAUGGAUCUCAUAAUAUUGAGUUCAAUGGAUCUCAGAAACUGAAGUCCCUGGUCAGUUCAGAAGCUAAUAAUGGCAUUGAACAGAAGGAAUUUACUCAUCGAGAACCCUUGGUGGCAACUAAUGGUUCCUUUAAUGCCACUAAUGUCACUGAGAGGUUUCAAGAUUAUCGGCAGAGGAAAAUUAAUUUUCAAGAAGAUUAUCAGCCGAGAAGAUUUACUUAUCAAGAACUAACAAUGGCAACUGGAGGUUUCUCCGAGGACAACCGUCUUGACGAGGGUCCUUGGGGUCAAGUCUAUAAGGGAGAUCUAAAUGGUGAAAAGGUGAAAGUUAAGAAAUUUAAUAAUCCUAAGAAGCAAGAAGAAGAAUACACGAAGAUGAAAGCUGUUGCCAGUGGUUUCCGUCUCAGAAGUCUUGUUAACCUUAUUGGAUACUGCGAAGAAGGAGCCAAUAGACUGCUUGUUUAUGAGUUUGUUCCACUGGGCGAAUCCUUGAGAAAUUAUUUUGAUGGUGAAGACGGUUGCCGGAGAGUAAGUGACGAUUUAAUACGAUUGGCAAGAACAUUGGAUGAUUUGGAAAAUAAACUUGCGAAAGGUGAAAAUGAACUUGCGAAAGAAAAUUUUCUGUCGUGGCAUAUGUCAGCGCAGUGGAAGGACAAAUUUUUUCUUGAUGACGAUUUUGAGCUCAGGGUUGCAGAGUAUGGACGUGAAAAGUUUUCUUCAGAUUUUGAAGUUACUCGUAACUCCGCUAGAUGUAUGGCUCCUGAAUAUAUUAUUACUAGUAAGUUCACCAAGAAGACCAUUGUUUAUUCCUAUGGUGUAAUGCUUCUGGAGAUGAUAACUGGGAAAGAAGCUUUUGAUGAUAUAGUUGAAUGGGGUGUGCCUCAACUUGAACGAGCUUUGUCCAAUGGAAACUAUGAUUUUGUUGACAAGAGAUUAAAGGAGUAUAACAAAAAUGAAAUGAAUCGAAUGAUUGCUUGUGCCUUAGCCUGUUUACGUGAUCAUCCACAAGAUCGACCAGAAAUGAGACAGAUAGUUGAAGUUCUGAAAGGAAAUAUUGAUAUGCAUGAUCUCUUAAAAAGGGAACAACAGCUAACGAAGCAAGUUGAGUUAACCUUCGGGAUGGAAUCUCUGCCCAAGCCCAAGAUUAUGGCAAGUUGAGAUUGGCCUCAAAAGGACGUUGUCCAGAAGAUGUCUUGGAUUUAUUGGUAUAUCUGGAUGGAGAUAAAUUGUACUCGAGGCAUAUACCAGUGCAUUGAAAGGACAACUUUCUUCUUGAUGAUGAUUUUCAACCAAAGGUUGUAAUUAAAUAUAUAGUAGCACACCUUGUUGGCAAUCGUUUGCACAUAUUUGGGAUUAUUAUUAUUAUUAUUAUUAUUAUUAUUAUUAUUAUUAUUAUUAUUAUUAUUAUUAUACUGAAAGAAUUUUCGAAGUUUUAUUAUCUUUUAUAUAUAU